GUUUUCACAGAGAAGAGUUGGGAAAGCAGACGAGCGAAACCGGAGAAAGUGAAGAGAAGCUGAGAUGAGGGUCUGGCAGCUUAUUCUUGCCGGUGUUCUUGUGCAUAUUAUUUUGUUUUAUUCUAUUUUUGAUAUAUACUUCACAUCACCUUUGGUUCAUGGAAUGACUCCUUAUAAUUCCAGAACUGUAGCACCUGCUAAAAGGCUGGUGCUGUUUGUAGCAGAUGGUCUUCGUGCAGAUAAAUUCUAUGAGCUGGAUGAAAAUGGAAACCCCAGGGCCCUUUAUUUACGGAAAAUUAUUGAGGAGGAAGGAGCUUGGGGUGUAUCUCACACCCGGGUACCAACAGAAUCCAGACCUGGACAUGUUGCUCUUAUUGCUGGGUUUUAUGAAGAUGUCAGUGCAGUGGCUAAAGGCUGGAAAGAAAACCCCGUGGAGUUUGACUCAGUUUUCAAUGAGAGCCGCUUCACGUGGUCUUGGGGUAGUCCAGAUAUCUUACCCAUGUUUGCGAAAGAUGCCAGUGGGAACCAUGUUGUAACAAACUGUUACCCACCUGACCUAGAAGAUUUUGCUGGUUUCAAUAUAAUGCAGCUUGACACAUGGGUCUUUCAGCAAGUGCAGGAUUUCUUUGAGUCAUCAAAAAACAAUGAAACUUUGAGACGAAUAUUACACGAGGACAAACUUGUAUUUUUUCUGCAUUUGCUGGGCACUGACACCAUAGGGCAUUCCAGCAAACCAUAUUCCAUGGAAUAUUUGCAGAAUAUCAAACUAGUGGAUGCAGGGAUUCAAAAAGUUGUGGGACUCAUCGAAAACUUUUAUGCAAAUGAUAGGAAGACUACAUAUGUGAUGACCUCGGAUCAUGGCAUGACCAACUGGGGCUCUCAUGGGGCAGGCCAUCCCCAUGAGACCUUGACCCCAAUAGUGGUCUGGGGGUCAGGAAUUCGAGGUCCAGAAUUAGCAGACUCAUGUGGAAACUACAGUGAUGGCUUUUGCGAUGAUUGGCAUCUUCAGCAUUUGGCUAGAACAGAUAUAGAGCAGGCAGAUGUAGCACCUUUAAUGGCUUUCUUGCUAGGGUUACAUUUUCCAGUAAAUUCCGUUGGUAUUCUGCCCUUGGGAUAUUUGAAUGCCUCAGACUUUGAAAAGGCAGAGGGCUUAUAUGCUAAUGCUCUCGAGAUUCUGGGACAGUAUCAGGUUAAAAGGGCACAGGUGAAGGAGAGAACAAUUUCAGCUACUUUUCGCCCAUUUCAAGAAUUAACGCCAUCUAAACAGGUUGAGUUGACUCAGAACAUCAGAAACCUCAUAAAGAAUGGAUAUUAUCAAGACGCAAUUGCUGAGAGUAGGUAUGUGAUUCAAACAGCAUUGAAAGGUCUUCGAUACUACCAAACAUAUGACAGGCUGUUUUUAGGAUUCAGCAUUGUUGUAAGUUUUAUUGGAUGGAUGGGCUAUAUACUUCAUCUUUUGGUGACUGAACACACAGCAGUAGGAUUGAAAAAAAGACAAGAAAAACCAGUGUAUGGUACUUCUAGUUGUUCUGCCAUCCAUUUCAUCUUUGCUGCCCUAGGAAUUGCUGUUCUACUGCUUUUGUACAUUCAGUCUGUGUCCUGGACAAAUUAUUGUUAUUGCUUGCUGCCUGUUGUCUUAUGGAUGAAGUUUACUGAAGGGUCAGAGGUUAUCUUCAUAGCAUUAAGGCAAACAGUCCAAGAAUCCAGCUUCUUUCAGAUAUGCUGCACAGUGCUCCUCACUCUGGUGGGACUUGAAAUUGUGGUGAUGAGUUUCUUUUACCGAGAAUUGUUGUCUCUUGGUCUACUGGCCAUGGCUUGCUGGAUUUUCACUACACCUUUAGUGAGAACAGCCAAGUUAACAUCUUUUGGAUGGAUUGGCAGUUGUGUUUUGGUUUCAAUCUUCCCAUUACUGCCUGUAGUAGGAGGCAAUGUAAAUUACAACCUUGUGUUAUCCUCUGCUUUAGUUGCAUUUGUGGCUGGGGUCAUCCUGAUCUGGAGGAUUCACAAUCACAGACAAAAUGAAACCAGAGAUAGGAUCUCCAUCAUGGUGAUGUGUGUACAGCUGAUGCUUGUUGCUGUGGCAACCAUUAUUGUCAAGGUAACAUCAGACAGUAUUGCUGACAAAUCAGGUUUACCUUUCAUUAUGCAGACAAUGAGCUGGACAGUCCUAGUUGUGUCACCAUGUCUACCACUUCUGACCAACACAGGGUUGCAGCACAGGCUGAUCAGCAUUAGUUUAGCUUUUGUGGCUCCAUACCUUUUGAUGAGCAUCACCUAUGAAGGUCUCUUCCUGCUAUCACUGACUAGCCUUUUGUACUCCUGGCUCCAAGUGGAGUUCAAGAUGUACAGGAACCAGCAACAGGUUUUUGAAAAGAUGACAUUUCAUCAGAAAAAGCUGCUAAAUGAGAGGGGGAUUUCAGACAGUGUUAGCACAUACCUGGAGACAGCAGACAUACGCAGAGCAUUUUUUUUUAUUUUUCUCAUCAUGACUGCCUUUUUUGGGACAGGAAACAUAGCCAGCAUCAACAGCUUUGAUCCUGUAUCUGUGUACUGCUUCCUCACAGUCUUUAACCCAUUUGUUAUGGGUGGCUUGAUGCUAGUGAAGGUUUUAAUACCAUUUGUUCUGGUGUCGUGUGGACUGCGUGCUGUGCAAGUGGUGACACAUGUGCCCUUGCGUGCCCUCAUGCUACUAGUUCUUCUCAUGUCGGACUUCAUGGGGCUGCAUUUCUUUUUCUUUGUACGAGACUAUGGCAGUUGGCUGGAGAUUGGGACCUCUAUCAGCCACUACAUCAUUGUUAUGACAACAACAAUCUUCAGCAUGCUUUUCAUGGGCCUUUCGCAAUUCCUAACCAGCACAACACUUGUGCCCCUUCAUGGUAAAACUCAUCAAAAAUAAAGGUGUAAUACAAGUCGGAGAACAAGUAGACAGUGGAUAUAAGAUUCCACAGUUGAUCUCUAAUCUGAUGUAUCAGUACAUUCCUGUUGGGACAGUUCUUCAAUCACAGGUGAAUUUGAAACUAGUGACAUUCUGCCCUUAAGUACAUGAACCACAUGUCCAUAGCAUGUCUUCCCAAUGCAGCUGUCACUGAUCAAUGUGUUCGUUUUACUGCCUGUUUUUUUGAGCACCAAAAUACAAGACUUUUUACAAAAGUAGGGAGCCAAAAAACAUGAUCACAGCUUUAAAGAAUGCCCAUCGCUUAACCGUCCACAGCUAUUAACACUGUUAUUUGCUGAAUACAAUUUGACAAAAGGAUUUGAUAAGGUAAGAGCCUUGUGGGAGUAUGACAAAGUUUAUGAUACCAAUAUAAAUUCACUUAGAAUAGAAUGCACUUUUUAAAAUCAUGACCAAGAUUCAAAUUUAAAAAAAAAUAUAUAUAAACAUACCUUUUUGUUAUGUUCUGUUGUUUUAAAGACAAAAUGGCAUGCCA